AACCAAGCUCCGUUAGCCGUGGUGCUGCUGUCUGUCUCUUUUUUUUUUUUGGUGAGCUGAUGCGAUGGAUGACUGAUGCUGCUGCUGCGCUGUAAUUAAUAUUUUUUUUUCUGUUGCAGUGGUCGGAGCUCAUCUUCUUCUCCUCCAUCUUUCGACAUCACCAACAUCUUCGCUCUUCUUCUUUCUUGGUGGCUGCUUCUUCUGCUCGUGACUCUCUACCGAACGCCCGCCCGCUGCUCCGGUCCUCCCCGCCGCCGUCCACCCAAUUACCCCAAACUCCAAAACCGAACAACAUCGCCAAAACUCACCCAACCCUGCUGCUCUGCUGUCCGCCAGUCACGAGCGCGCCAUAAAUCGGCAGCCCCCUCCCCUCUUCCCCUCUCUCUCUGACUCUUUUCUGCUUCUCGUCUUUCCUUGCUUGCUGCUGUUCCGGCUUCUCAAUUGCAGCGCUCCGCACGCCGUUCUCCUUUCCCUCCCUCCCGCCCUCGGCUAAUCCCCUCCUUCUUUCUUUUCCAACGUCUUCACAAUGCCUGCACGCGACGGCGAGAAGAGAAAGCCGCCCACGCCGGCCGUCAACCUAAUUGCCGGCGGUGGUGCUGGUAUGAUGGAAGCUCUUGCUUGCCAUCCCCUCGACACAAUCAAGGUACGAAUGCAGCUCUCGCGCCGUGCGCGCCAGCCCGGCGCACCCCGCCGCGGCUUCAUCAAGACCGGUGUUGAGCUCGUCAAGAAGGAGACGCCGCUCGCUCUGUACAAGGGCCUCGGCGCCGUCCUGACGGGUAUUGUCCCCAAAAUGGCCAUCCGCUUCACCUCUUUCGAGUGGUACAAGCAGAUGCUGGCCGACAAGACCACCGGCGACAUCACCGGCAAGGGCAUCUUCAUUGCCGGUCUCGCGGCCGGUGUCACCGAGGCCGUUGCCGUCGUCACCCCCAUGGAAGUCAUCAAGAUCCGUCUGCAAGCCCAGCACCACUCCAUGGCCGACCCAAUGGACAUUCCCAAGUACCGCAACGCCGCGCACGCGCUCUACACCGUCGUCAAGGAGGAGGGCUUCGGCGCCCUCUACCGCGGUGUCUCCCUCACUGCUCUCCGCCAGGGCUCGAACCAGGCCGUCAACUUUACCGCCUACUCCUACUUCAAGGAGUGGCUCAAGGAGUGGCAGCCCGAGUACGCAAACGCCCCUCUGCCCAGCUGGCAGACUACCUUUAUUGGUCUUGUCUCUGGUGCCAUGGGCCCUCUGAGCAACGCCCCCAUCGAUACCAUCAAGACUCGUCUGCAAAAGAGCCCUGCCCAGCCCGGCGAGACUGCCUGGUCCAGAAUAGCCCGUAUUGCAAAGGACAUGUUCAAGCAAGAAGGUGUUCACGCUUUCUACAAGGGCAUCACCCCUAGAAUCAUGCGUGUCGCCCCCGGUCAGGCCGUCACCUUCACCGUCUACGAGUUCCUCAAGGAGCGCCUCGAGAAGAGCAACUUUGCCUUUGUCGGCGGCAAAUACGAAGAGUAAUCGACCCUAGAACACAUCGCAUUCGCUUCCCCUCGGUCUUGCAAAAAAAGAAAAAAGUAUUCGUCACCAAUAGACUUUCCUUUUGGCGCGUUUCGUUUGCUAGGAGCAUAACGGGUUCUCUAUUUUCUUUGGGCUUCUUCUUCUUUUCCUCUUCCAUUCUGGCUAUAUAUCAUCAUGUCUUCUUUUUUUUUUGUAUAUCCGCGACUAGCAGUCAUAUUUUCUCAUGCUUGCUUUUUUAUGAAACCUUUUUACCAUUUUAGAAAAUCAAAAAAAGGAUUAAAGCUACCAUCUACUAUGACCACACAGUGACCUCCGUUAGCGGACCUCGGCACGAAACGGCCUUUGGCCCACAUUGUCGGAACCUAAAUGCAGAGCAAUAGUUCAGCCAACUUAAAAGUAGGUCACCGGCGUUUAUGGUAGAGCCCGAAGGCCAUAAGAGUCACGGAAAUCAAGACGCUUUAUCAUUGACUGGCGUUUUUCAAGUCAUGCUCAUAUGCUAUGCUACUUUUUCGGCAUUUGCUUCCAUGGGCCUAGUCUAGCUCGAACUAGCCUUCACCUUUACCUACCAGGACGCUUAGGACGGCUGAAUCCUUGCCUUACAGCCGCCUUGGGAUGCAAAUCCUCCAGUACAGACUCCUCUGUAAUCUCCGAAGGCUCUUCCACCUCAAACCUCUUGUCAAUAGUCAAGCCGGCUUCUUGUUCGGCGACCGUCAACACGGCGCGCUUCAUCAAGGGAUAGAGCAUGCGGUUCUUGAUGGCCUUGUUACCAGGUGUAACCGGGCAGGUAUAAAAGAAGAGCAAGGGACUUUGUUCCUGUCCAUUGUGGGUGUGUGUGAAUCGGUAAAAGGUAAACCGGGGCUCAGUCGAGGAGAUUACCCCCGUGAGCUCAGUAAUGGAGCUGGGUCGGGGCGACUCGGGGACGAGCUCAACAGUCUCGGUGUCGGAGUUGAUUUUCUAUAUUCUGUAUUAGCAAUCACCUUAUUUCGGAAAUGCUUUGACGUCUACAAACCAGCAUCGUCACAACGCGGCUGCCGCUGCCAACAUCCUUCAUGGCCGCAAUGGCAUCUUCCUUAACAGGCAUGGCCAGACUCUUGCUGAGGUGAAUUUCGCGGGUACCUGUGCCUGUGCUGGCUGCUAGCUCGGCCGCCUUGACUUCGGACAGGGUGCGUUCUUCGGCUGUGAGCGGAGCCUCCAACUCAGUAUGCGCAUCGUGUUUCUUGAAUCCUUCUUCGCUAAACUCGUUCGCAAUGGUAAAAUAGAUCGUCUCUCGGAAGUGCUCUAGGCCGAGAUCUCGCACAAGAGUAAGCCUAGUCGAGGCGAAGAGCAUCUUCUGUCGGACCGGUGCGGCGUCUGGCACGUAUGUAACGGCAACCAUCUUCGGGGACUCGUCAUAUCGGCGCAUAAGCACGUAUGCUGCCACGUUUGACUUGAUGUGUUCAUGGAGCGCAGAGAGACUGUCGGCAAAGGACGACUUGGCUGCUACUGUCUGUAGAGGCACCAGCGAUUCCUUCUCGAUGCCGACAAGAAGGGCAAAUGUUGAUGACGAUGACAGGAGGCUCCCAAAUUGGGCCUGGAGCUCCUCCGAAGCUGUCA